UCUUCCGCGAGCGCGCGCGGGCGGCAGAGGCGCGUGACAGGUGCGCGUGGACGAUCCGCAACGCGGCACGUACGUUUCAAACGGACGGGGGAAAGCGGGCCUUUCCUCCUCGCGCCGCAGCCCCGUGAGGCACGACUCCCAGCCCAGGAUCCCUCCGCGAGCCCGCGCCCGUCCCGGCUGUUGACGCGCGCGUAGCACUCGCCGCGACCAUGUCUUAUCACCUCGCGAAGAGGUGCGCCAGCGCGAAUAAUCUCUGCCACGCGUUGACGCGCGCGUGUCCCAUGAUUUGCGUACGAGGAUACAGCUACGCCCGCGACGUAGACGUGGCCCGCCUGAGCGGCGGGCCAGUCGGCGCUCUGAAGCAGAAGAUCGCGCGGGGCGAGCUGGCGGGCGACGCGCACCAGACCAAAGUAGCGCAGACCCUGCAGAGAAUUUACCAAGAGGUACACGAUUACAAGCCGCAGCACUUGAACCUGCUGGAAAAGUGGUUCGGCGGCAAGCGGAGGGACGCGCCGAAAGGCUUGUACAUUUACGGAGCGGUGGGCGGAGGUAAAACAAUGUUGAUGGACCUAUUUUACAAUUGUUGCCAGAUUGAGAAUAAGAAAAGGGUCCACUUUCACUCCUUCAUGCUGGACGUGCACAGGCGGGUGCACGAAGUGAAGAAGACCGUUGUGCGAGAUGUCACUAGCACCAAGCUGCAGCCCUUCGACCCGAUACCUCCGGUCGCGUCCGACAUCGCCGACGAGACUUGGCUGCUGUGCUUCGACGAAUUUCAGGUGACGGAUAUCGCGGACGCUAUGAUACUGAAGCGACUGUUCACGGAGCUGUUUGACAACGGCGUGAUAGUGGUCGCGACUAGCAACAGAUCGCCGGACGAUUUGUACAAGAACGGGCUGCAGAGGGGCAACUUCGUGCCGUUUAUAAAAGUGCUCAAGGAUCGCUGCCUCGUCAGUAACCUGGACUCCGGGAUCGAUUACAGAUUGAAGUCGGGUUCCGGGGACAAAAAGAUAUACUUCAUAAAGGGCAAGGACGCGGCGAACGACGUGGACAAGGUCUUCAAGUACCUGUGCUCCAUGGAAAACGACGUGGUGCGACCGCGCACGAUCUCUAUAAGGGGGCGCAACGUCACUUUUCGGAAAACCUGCGGGCAGGUGCUGGACUCCACGUUUGAGGAAUUGUGCGACAGGCCUCUCGGAGCGAGCGACUAUUUGGAGUUGAGUCAAGUCUUUCACACGGUCAUAAUAAGAGACGUCCCUCAGUUGAAUCUACGACUCAAGUCUCAGGCCAGGCGAUUUAUCACUCUAAUUGAUACACUGUACGAUAACAGGGUACGAGUAGUUAUGUCGGCAGCUGUACCACACACGCAAUUAUUUUUAUCGGAAAGCGAGUCCGAGUACACCGACGAGAAGCGGAUGCUGAUGGACGAUUUGAAGAUCUCGCAUGGCUCGGAGGAUCACAAGGCGAACAUCUUUACCGGCGAGGAGGAGAUCUUCGCGUUCGAUCGCACCGUGUCGCGUCUGGCCGAGAUGCAGACCUCGCAGUAUUGGGAGCAAUGGGAGCACCACAGAUAAUGAUAGUUUUAAAACUAGCGCAAAUAGAUAGCUCCGUAGCUCCGUACGAGGUUCAACUCGGUUCAGGGCUAACGAAGCUGCUAGUAUUUUUGACGAUUGUCACUCUUGCAGAACGAUCUCUCGCGCGGGCAAGUUACUUGAGCUCUCGUCGAGUGCGCGCGUCUCACUCGAGGCGUAACUUUCGCGCUUUCUCAGUAUUUUCUCUCUCAGGGGGGGACGAAAGCUCCUCGGGUUACCUCUGACGUUAAACUAUUUAUAUCAUUAUUUAUGAGCGUGAAGACACAUGGCAAUCGCCAAACCGUAAUACAAAACGUACGUUUGUAUCUGUGUGUGUACAUAUGCAAAAGUUAUAAUUACAUGAAAUUUUGCACUCA